AUGUCCGACCGUGACGGGGAUGACGACCGGCUGAGUCUGAACUUCGGCGAGGAACAGGAGGAGAGCACCCUGCGCAGUGAUGACGAACAGAGCGAGGGCGAUGGCGCGGACGUUGUCCUGUCCGGGCGUGCGGCGAGCGGCUCUGCCGUAAGACGCGACGGCAAGGACCGUGUGACUGCGCCGGUGCUGACAAAAUACGAGCGGGCCCGCAUCCUUGGCACACGGGCGCUGCAGAUCAGCAUGAACGCGCCGGUGCUGGUGGCCUUGGAGGGCGAGACGGAUCCGCUCAUCAUCGCCCAAAAGGAGCUUCGCGAGGGUGUCAUACCGCUCAUCGUACGGCGUGUGCUUCCGGACAACACGUAUGAGGACUGGCGAAUAUGCGAACUGGACAUCGACUUUGACCGUCCCGCUGACGAGCGAUACACAAACAUCUGA